AAGAGCGGAGUGCUUCCGACAGAAGGCAUCACAAAGUUUCAAAGCUUCCAAGUUUCGGUAACUACUACAGCUAACCACCACAAAACCAACAAGAUGCCUUGCAAGGGAUGCGGAAACAACUGCCAGUGCUCAGCCGGAAAGUGCGGAGGAAACUGCGCCGGAAACAGCCAAUGCCAAUGCGCCGCCAAGACGGGAGCCAAGUGCUGCCAGGCCAAGUGAUUGGUGUCCACAAAUAAGCUAAUUUAAAUAGUUGUUAAAAAGUUAAAAUCUCCGACUGAAGCUGAAUAAAGUCCAUUAAAUGUUGUAGUUAAA